ACAACCUCCCUGCCCUCCACCCCAUUCUCAACCUUCUCUAGUCUGGACUCUGGACUUCUCUCUCUCUCUCUCUCUCUCUCUCUCUCACACACACACACAUACAUCGUAUAAUACAUUGCCAUAAAUUUGAUUCAUUAAUUUAUUUCAAUUUUCCAUAUUCAUGCUGAUGCUGUCAUCUCCUUCACAAGAAAUAAUAACUGAUGAACUUCUGGGGUGGCAAGAACAACGAGAUAUGGAGACUAUUUCAAAGGCGACAGAGAGAUGAGCAGCAUGCCUAAUCUGAGGGGAUGAAAGGAACGAUUUUUUGCAAAAUUCCUCUUUAGCCCCAAUACUCAGCCAAGUUCUUGCUGCUGGAUGCCCUAUACAUCAAACUAUUCAUUCAUAGCAAACAGCAGUGUUUUGGUGAUCGAAGAGCCAUGGCUUAUACUAAUUCAAGAUCUGUGAGAUUUCAUGAUGAUGUUGAAUUUGGGAAUUUCAAUAGUGACCACUUGUUUAAGGUACACUACAAGAUUGAUGGAACGCGGGUGGCAGAGUCGAGCUCCAAGAAGGCUGAUAAGGGUGGAAGAUCACUGAAAUCCAAGGUGCUAUCGCGUGUCUUCUCAGAGGAUUACGAGAGAGUUAAGAAAAGGAUCUUGGAUCCUCGAGGGCCUGCAAUCCGUAGAUGGAACAAGAUUUUGCUAGUUGCUUGUUUAGUAUCUUUGUUUGUCGACCCCCUAUUCUUUUACCUACCCGUGGUGAGGCAGAAUCUCUGCAUCGACAUAGGAUUCACCCUUGAAGUUGUCUUAACAAUCAUAAGAUCAAUAGCAGAUGCCUUUUAUGCUAUCCAGAUUUACAUCAGGUUCCGUACUGCAUAUGUGGCGCCUUCCUCUCGCGUAUUUGGGAGAGGAGAGCUCGUAAUAGACUCGAAGAAGAUAGCUUCGAGGUACCUCAGGAGCUACUUCUGGCUUGACGCGAUCUGCGCCCUUCCUCUCCCUCAGAUGCUGAUUUGGGGGAUUAUUCCUAGCCUAAGAGGAUCAACAAUGACCAACACCAAGAAUGUGCUUAGGUUCAUUAUCAUAUUCCAAUACAUUCCAAGACUUUUUCUUAUGUUUCCUCUCUCCUCACAAAUUGUCAAGGCUACUGGUGUUGUCACAGAAACAGCUUGGGCUGGAGCUGCUUACAAUCUCAUGUUAUACAUGCUUGCAAGCCAUGUUUUAGGCGCUUCUUGGUAUCUUCUAUCAAUUGAGAGGCAAGAAGCUUGCUGGAGGCAUGCCUGUGACCUCGAAAGCCCGUCGUGUGUGUACAAAUACUUUGACUGUCGCAGGGUUAUGGAGAUGGGAAGAAACGCGUGGUUCUUGUCCAGCAAUGUCACCAACCAGUGCAAUCCGGAUAAGGGCCGUUACCCUUUCGGAAUCUAUGGAGAUGCUGUGACUUUUGAUGUCACAUCAGCGAGCUUCUUCAACAAGUACUUCUACUGCCUCUGGUGGGGCUUGAAGAACCUUAGUUCUCUAGGGCAGAAUCUUGCUACGAGCACCUAUGUUGGAGAGAUCAGCUUCGCCAUCGUCAUGGCCACGCUUGGUCUGGUUCUGUUUGCUUUGCUCAUCGGAAAUAUGCAAACGUAUCUUCAAUCGACAACGGUUAGAUUAGAGGAAUGGCGAAUACGAAGAACAGAUACCGAGCAGUGGAUGCAUCACCGGCAGCUGCCUCAAGAGCUGAGGCAGUCGGUGCGCAAGUAUGAUCAGUACAAAUGGGUGGCGACGAGAGGUGUGGACGAGGAGCUGGUGCUCAAGGGCCUCCCUCUGGACCUGCGGCGCGACAUCAAGCGCCAUCUCUGCUACGACCUCGUUCGACGGGUUCCCCUGUUCGACCAGAUGGACGAGAGGAUGCUGGACGCGAUAUGCGAGCGCCUCAAGCCGGCGCUCUGCACGCAGGGCACGUGCCUCGUGCGUGAGGGCGAUCCCGUGAAUGAGAUGCUCUUCAUCAUACGGGGCAACCUCGACUCCUACACCACCAACGGCGGCCGCACGGGCUUCUUCAACUCCUGCCGCAUUGGCCCGGGGGACUUCUGCGGUGAGGAGCUGCUCACUUGGGCCCUCGACCCGCGCCCCAGCGUCAUCCUCCCCUCCUCCACCCGCACCGUCAAUGCCAUCUCCGAGGUCGAGGCCUUCGCCCUCCGAGCCGAGGAUCUCAAGUUUGUCGCGGCCCAGUUUCGGAGGCUGCAUAGCAAGCAGCUUCGGCAUAAGUUUAGAUUCUACUCGCACCAAUGGAGGGCUUGGGCCGCCUGCUUUAUUCAGGCCGCGUGGCGCCGCUACAAGAAGCGGAGGAGCGCGGCGGAGCUCCGGGCGUUGGAGAGUCUCGACGAGCCAUCGGAGCAGCCGGCUGUGGAGAAAGAGAUGCAUGUUUAUGCGGCGAGAUUGGCGGCGAGUAGGAGAGCUGUGAAGCAUCUCAAGCAUACUGAUUCCGGUUCGAGCACGGCCGGUUCGUUGCAGAAGCCGACGGAACCGGACUUUUCGACCGUAGAGGAUGAAUAGAGUAGUGAUGGAUGCAGGUGUAGAAUGUAAAGUUGAAAUUGUACGAUGAUAUGUGGAUUAUUUGACUUUAUUCUUUUUUAUAUAUGUAUAAUGUCUUGGGUUA